AUGGAGAGCUUUGGAAGGUUCUCGACAGGGAGCGGAACAGCCCUCUCCUCAAGCAAAAACGAGCAACAGACUACAACGAAGGACUCUGAGCUAGAAACUGAGGACACAUCAUCCGUGGUGGAUUCUCGGGAUCUCCGUCAAGCAAGACGGCGGAAGCGUGACUCGCCUGGGCAUGAUGGUAAGAAGCUCAAAAAACCGAAAGGGCCAGGGACAGCCCUACCGGACAAGUUAUCUGACCGUUUUGAGACCGUGGAGAAUAGGAAGAAAUCUAACAAAACUUCAAAGACGUUACCAAAUACUCCCCGGAGUAGUAGGAGAAUGGGCAGAUCAGCAUCCAGAUCCGAUGCAUCGAUCAUUCGCCCAAAUGAUAAGGUGAAGUAUGCCGAGAUUCUAACGAAGGUUAAGAAGGAUAUUCCUCCUGAUCAGGUGCUGGGGUGCGGUGAUAAGAUACGCAAAACAGCCACAGGGGACAUGCUCAUCGUCUUGACCAAAGACAGUGCUAGCAAAGCGCGGGUAUUGCAAUCCUCCAUAGCUGGUCUCCUCGGGGAAGACGCUGAGGUUCUUAGCAAGGGCCCUCAGGAGAAUAUCGAGAUCAAAGACCGCGAUGAUAUGACAACGAAGGAGCAAAUUUUGAAAGCCCUAUGCAAAGCAGCGGGCAACGAGGUGCAGAUGACACAGGAUGCCAUAAAAUCCUUGCGAAAAGCCUACGGAGGGACACAGACGGCGUUGGUGACACUGCCUGUGCUCGUGGCGAAGAAGAUCUUGGGGGACCAUGGCAAAAUCCGGAUACCCUCGGUUAAUUGCAGAGUGAGAAGAGUAGAGAAACCAGUUAAGUGCUUCAAGUGCUGGCACUACGGGCACCUCGCCACGAAGUGCACGAGUACAGUCGAUCGCUCCAAACUCUGCGUCAAAUGCUCAGCGACCGGCCACAAGGCUCUAGACUGCACGGAGUAG